AUGAGGUUCUUAGACCCACGCGCUGCCGUAUCGAGCCUCCUGGGACGGGUCCGGCGCGUCGGACUUGUAUCGCUUAGCUCCCUUGUCGUGAGCGGCGUUAGUGUAAUCCUCUUUGCCCAAAACAUUUAUACCAGCAGACCCAGCGUGGACGUUCCCAAUCCUGAGGAUUACCGUCAAGCCGUCUUCCAUGUUGGCUCAGAGCUCAGCGUGCAAUCUUGGCUGGCUGUGCUCGGCGUCGUCUUCGGCAUCUUAUCCUACGGGUUGACCGCGUCAUGUGUGCACUUUUUCGACUGCUGGUGCAGCUGGCGGGCCAGCAGGGUCGGAGGACAAGGUCUCGAUUACGCACGUUAUCUCAACUCGCAACCACAGGCACCUGUUAUGGCAGGACUAUGGCACGGUUUUUCACUUUACGUUCUCUGUCGAUACAUUUUCGUUGCACUUACUAUCGCGGCUUCGAUCGGUUACAAGUUCGCAGUUAUCGAAGUGACGACCUUUGACAAUGAUCCGGUCGAGAGCAGUCAAGUCCGGCUGCAACUUCCGCCGGUGCGAGGACUUCUCGCCGACGGCACAACAAGUCCGUGGGUUGGCGAUUACCCCUUGUCGGUUACGAACCGUGCAUUCUUCCACGAGCAAAGGAUUUGGACUCCUGAAGGUUACACGACAGGUGACUCGUUCAGAACGCCGCUCAGCAUCACUCUGGCUGGUUGGGCAAACUGCAGCGGCUCCUUUGGUACUCUUGAUAGAGGAUUUCUAGUCUCUCGUGAGAUCGUCAUGGUUGCCAACGUGACGGAAGAUAACACGCCCAACUUCUUGACCUCGGCCGUGGGGAACUGGACGCGGGUGGAGGGAGGUGUAGGCUGGAUCCGCGGGGGUACCUCGCGAGCAGUGGUCGAGUACCGCAUUCAAAGGCCGGGACAGGUCCAGAUCCAGUGGGCUGAGGCAGGGUCGUGGGUAAAUGACCCUUCCGACACCAAGGUGAAACCGGUAAUAACUCGGCUUACCUACGAAAUGCGCCUUGCGGCCGCAGAGGUUAGGCGUCUGGUUGAAAAUGGGUCCUGCUCUCGUGUGGCCGAUGAAUCCGGCAACAGCCCGCAGUUCCUAUCGUUCGGGCCAGCAAUCACCAGGACAAAAAAGGCCGACGGCACCGUGCCCCUCAACUACAAGCUUCUGGACGCUAUCCUUGACAGUGAUGACAUCGGCCCCCGCGAGGGGGUAAGCAUUUUCGUUCAGGGAGUUAUGGCGACUUGGGCAGCAGAGUUGGCCGAACUGAAUGACAAUGGAAUUGUUUUUGGGCAUGCUCCAGCAGACGCCGAACCCUUUGGGCCAGAAAACAAAAAAGAUAGUUGGAACAGGCUUUUGGCGGAUUCGAAAUUCGGCUACCCCUUCUUCGACGGCCGACGGCAUGCCGAGCGGAGAGGCUCUUAUUACAAUAUCGCCGAGAUUUUCACCGCGGUGGGCUCCAUUGCCAUCGUUGUCGCCGUCGCCCGAAUUUUGCUCGGGCCCCCUACGCUAACUCAGGGUCCGGAUCCAUUCCACUGA